GGGGUCGGCGUGGCGGGGCUGCUGGUCAACGUGCUGGGGCUGUGCCUCUUCCACCAUCACAGCGGCUUCGGCCAGGACUCCGGCCACGGCCACUCGCACGGGGGACACGGCCACAGUCACGGCGUCCCCAAGGGGGCCCGCGUCAAGACCAAUCGCGCUGGGGGCAGCGACAUCAACGUGGUCCCCGGCGAGCAGGGGCCUGAGCAGGAGGAGACCAACACCCUAGUGACCAAUACUAGCAACUCCAACGGGCUGAAACUGGACCCGGCAGAUCCAGAAAAAUCCAGAAGUGAUGAUGCCAUAGAAGUACAAGUGAAUGGGAAUCUCAUCAGAGAACCUGACAAUAUAGAAAUGGAAGAAGAAGACAGGGCUGGACAACUUAACAUGCGUGGAGUUUUUCUGCAUGUCCUUGGAGAUGCCUUGGGUUCAGUGAUUGUAGUAGUAAAUGCCUUGGUCUUUUUCUUUUCUUGGAAAGGUUGUUCUGAAGGGGAUUUUUGUGUGAACCCAUGUUUCCCUGACCCCUGCAAAGCAUUUGUAGAAAUAAUUAAUAGUACUCAUGCAACAGUUCAUGAGGCUGGUCCUUGCUGGGUGCUAUAUUUAGAUCCAACUCUUUGUAUUGUGAUGGUUUGUAUACUUCUUUAUACAACUUACCCAUUACUUAAGGAAUCUGCUCUUAUCCUUCUACAAACUGUUCCUAAACAAAUUGAUAUCAAAAAUUUGAUAAAAGAACUUCGAGAUGUUGAAGGAGUUGAGGAAGUUCAUGAAUUACAUGUCUGGCAGCUUGCUGGAAGCAGAAUCAUUGCCACUGCUCACAUAAAAUGUGAAGACCCAGCAUCAUACAUGCAGGUGGCUAAAACCAUUAAAGACGUUUUUCAUAAUCACGGAAUUCAUGCUACCACCAUUCAGCCUGAAUUUGCUAGUGUAGGCUCUAAAUCAAGUGUAGUCCCGUGUGAACUUGCCUGCAGAACUCAGUGUGCUUUGAAGCAAUGUUGUGGGACACGGCCACAAGCCCAUUCUGGAAAGGAUGCAGAAAAGGCCCCAACUGUUAGCAUUUCUUGUUUAGAACUUAGUGACAAUCUAGAGAAGAAGACCAGGAGGACUAAAGUUGAAAGCAUCCCUGCUGUUGUGAUAGAGAUUAAAAAAAUGCCAAACAAACAACCUGAAUCAUCUCUGUGAGUCUUGAAAAAAGAUGCGAUAUUUGACUUUUGCUUUAAACUGCAAGAGGAAAAAGACUCCACUGAAAUUCUAAGUUUGCCAAGUAGUGUAAUCGAAGUCCUUGUCUGGUCACACACAGUUUAAUUCUAUUUUUGUAAGAACAUAAUGGGACUGCAUAACAGAGUUCUAUAGUACAACUUUGUGAUUGUUAGUGCAGAAUGCAGCUAUGCUGUAACAAUUUUUGGAAAGCCAGUUUUAACACUAUGUUACAUUUUUGUUUAAAGUAAGUAUAAACUUUAUAUAACAUAAUGACAUUUGAUUUCCAGUUUUCCCAUGAUAAAGAUUAGGGGGAUAAAUAAAUUUAAAUUUUUACUGGAAUUUCUCUGCUUUUCUUUCUCCCCCAAUGUUAUACUUUGUUGAUUAGAAUUAUAAUUGCUAGAACUUUAAAACCAAGUUUAUUUCCGUUGACAUUUUAGGUAACAUUUACCUGCCCUUUGAGAUCAUUUCAUAGCAUAAUGACAGCAUAUUUGUAAGAGUGACUCAAGGCUACUAGAAAAUAAGAUUGGUUACUAUCUUACAUUCUGUAUUGUUGAGUGUUAAUCUGAUCAACAGUGAGAUAAUUAACAAAUUGAACUAUAGUUUACACAUGGGGCAUAUGAGGAGUAAGAGCAGGGAAGAAAGUUUACCAAAUUAAGUAUUUAGAUUACUGUAUAUUAAUAUUCAGACUACAUUUCUAAAUUACUUUGAGAAUUGCAACUCAUUUUAUUCUACCAAAGUCAGUCUAAAACAUGGACAUGUUCACCAGCAUUACUUCUUUUAAGUACUGGUAUGAGAAACACUGAGCUGAAAGUUUACUCACAAAAUAUAUGACCUUUUUAAGGAUGUUAACUUAGAAUCUAAUAAUUACAUGUUAAAUGGAAGCUAUUAAUGUAAUCUUUUAAAUUGUGGGUGUUUAAAAAAGUCUUUUUCAAAGUUGAAGUCAUUUCAUGAUGACCAAUCAUGAAAAGAUUUGAAUGGGAGGUUUUCUUUUUUAGCACAACCAGCAAUGUUUGUGCUUUGCCAAAGCCACUGACUUCAGAGUAAAAAAAUCAGUUGGUGCAAUUUGGGUAUUAAAUUCUUAGAAAGCAAAUUUAAUAAGUCGUCCUAUCUUGACAUUGCUCAGAUCUUCCAAUAGCAGCUUGUUUUGUGAGAUGCCACAAUAUCUACACAAGAAAUUGUUCUUGGCUAUUUCAUUACUGCUAUAAAUUUCAAAUCCAACACAAAUAUUAUUUAAAGAUAUUUAAGUUAUAUUUUCUUGAUAGAGAAGGUUAUGCUUUGUGAAGAAAAUGUGAUUUUUGUCCUCAGAAGGAUGAAUAUUAAUAUCAGUUAUGUAUAGCUCUAUUUUUCUAGAAACAAGGUAUUCUGACUACUUCAGUAACUUUUAUAGCUGACUACUUUUGAGAUGGCUACUUUUUGGGAUUUGAAAUAAUUCAUUGUUUAAUGGGUCUUAAGAUGAAAGUGUUGGAAUUUGACAGUUACUUUUUAAAGGGAUGAUCUUUUGUGGUAGAUUGUGGGCUUUUUCCCUAGUAUAAGCCUGUUGCUGGCAAUGGGCCUAUUUAAGAACAGUUGGUUUUUCCAGUGAGAAUGACGUAAUUUUAGGAACAUAGUUUGUAAGUUCACAUUUACUAUAAUGGGCCAAAAACCAUAACCUGCCAAUUUGCAAUACAUCUUGAUUUUUUAACAGUUUUGUCUGAUGUUGUGUAAUUCAAUUUCUAAGCUAGUAGUUACUUUGAAUUCUUCAAAAAGGUUUGCUUUUUUUUCUUUUUUUUUUAAACAUGACAUUGGGGAAUCUCAUUUGAGUGAACAAGAUAAAAAGCUGCAAACUGUACUGUAUCAUGUACAUUCCUGAUUUAACACUUUAUAAAACAUCUUGUAAAGAUCUCAAGACUGUUUAUAAACAUUUUGCAAUGAUACAAUAGGAUAA